AUGCGGAGAGGAACGAAUGCUCGGGGAGAGAUGGCCACUAGGAAAGAUUUCAGAAACAGAUUCUUGGAGAGAUACUUUCCCGCCAGUGCCAAGCAGGAGCGCGAGAGACAGUUUUUAGCCUUACGACAAGGAAGUAUGAGGUUCGAGCAAGGAUUUCGUCAUCAGAUAUUGAAAGCACUUGUUCAUCUUAAAAUUAAUGAUUUCCCGGAGUUAGUAGAGCAAGCCUUGGUGGCAGAGCGAAUGGAGGAGAGCCAACACCGUGUCAUGAGACCUCAAAAUGGUAGUUUUUCUGGAGGUAGAAAUCAAAAGAAGUCGUAUGCUAGGCCACAACAAGGUGGUUUUAGAGGCUUGAAAUGCUUCGAGUGUGGAGAUCCUCACAUAAGGAGGAAUUGUCCGAGACUAACAGUUUCAAAGCCUGAGGAGAGGAAAUGUUACUUUUGCUAUAAGCCUGGACACUUUGCAUCUUCAUGUCCAGAGAAGAAGAUACCAGGAGGGGCACCGAAGACACAAAAGUUUUCUGGAGGGAAGCCAACGGCAGCAGGACGAGUCUUUGUCAUGACGGGGGUCGAGGCGUCUCAGGGUGCAAUGCAUUUGUUUAUACCCUUAUCUUUUUGUUGA